AUGCCCUGCAGAACCCUGUCCUGUCAUGCCCUGCAGAACCCUGUCCUGUCAUGCCCUGCAGAACCCUGUCCUGUCAUGCCCUGCAGAACCCUGUCCUGUCAUGCCCUGCAGAACCCUGUCCUGUCAUGCCCUGCAGAACCCUGUCCUGUCAUGCCCUGCAGAACCCUGUCCUGUCAUGCCCUGCAGAACCCUGCCGUGUCAUGCCCUGCAGAACCCUGUCCUGUCAUGCCCUGCUCUGCCCUGUCUUGCACCGCCCUGUCCUGUCAUGCCCUGCAGAACCCUGUCCUGUCAUGCCCUGCAGAACCCUGUCCUGUCAUGCCCUGCAGAACCCUGUCCUGUCAUGCCCUGCAGCUCCCUGUCCUGUCAUGCAGCGCCCUGUCCUGUCAUGCCCUGCAGAACCCUGUCCUGUCAUGCAGCGCCCUGUCCUGUCAUGCCCUGCAGAACCCUUUCCUGUCAAGCACUGCCCUGUCCUGUCUUGCAUCGCACCGCCCUGUCACGCCCUGCCCUGUCCUGCCCUGCACCGCCCUGUCCUGUCAUGCCCUGCAGAACCCUGUCCUGUCUUGCAUCGCACCGCCCUGUCCUGUCACGCCCUGCCCUGUCCUGCCCUGCACCGCCCUGUCCUGUCACGCCCUGCCCUGUCAUGCCCUGCACCGCCCUGCCCUGUCUAUGUGUAAAUUACUUUAA